AUGGCUUCGACACUUCUCCGCCGCCGUUAUUCUAAUUUCCUCAGUCGUGUUUCCACCGGAAUGGGGAAUCCUAGUAGCAAUUCAGGCGCUCCAUAUCAUUACGAGCAGAGGAGGAUGUGCACCCUACGUUCAACGCCACGAACACCAUUGCUAGUGUUACCACCUGUCUCCAAUGGCGGCAACUUGAUUUACAGGUUCUAUAACCCGGCGGCGGAGCGAAUCGAGAGCGUCAGUGCUCCUGUCAAGCAUGGAUCGGACUUACUCGAGUCCGAAAUCGUGGGAUCGUCCCACGGCUGGCUGGCCCUGUUCAACCUCCGCAACAACUCUAUUGUUCUAUCAAAUCCGUUCACCCACCGCCAAAUCAAUCUCCCGCCCGUCCACACCUUGCCCGACCCGGAGAUCAACCUGACCGACGGCCGCGGUCGCGUGUCUAAAGUCGUGCUCUCGUGCUGCCCAGACGAGGACGAGGAAGGUUGCCGCGCCGUCAUGUCCUACGGCCCUGGAGAGAGGCUAGCUUUCUGCCGGCCUCGCCGCUGCACUGAAUGGUCCCCUAUGGAAGACUCGUUCUUCGACGGCUACAAAGAGGAAAUUCGAGACUACGGGGUGGAUUAUGCAAGGAUUUAUGAGGAUUUUACAUAUUGCCCCAAGCGUGAAGUGUUUAACUGCACAACGCAGUUUGAGGUUGAUCUGGAGGACUGGAGCAUUGCCGUUCCAACUCAAUUCGAGGUUUGGGAUCUUCUUUCUGACCCUCACUCCUUCAAAUCCAAAACCAAGAGUAUCUACUGGCACUUGAUAGAUAUAAAAGGCCCAAAAUGCCCAUGGAUAGAGGAAAAUAUGGAUAUUGUCAAGACCUGCAGGCAAAUCCCGUACCUUGUGAAUGACAAUCAUGGAGAUCGAGAUCGGCUCUUUCUGGUGAUUCGAUUUGUCAUCCAACGAGCCUGCAUUAACCGACCUUUUGCGGAUGUCGACAGCAUACCUUACGAUCCGGUGAGUGACCGCUUGAUGGUCCAUCUCUAUCCCCACAAAACUAUCGGUUUUUCGGUUGUUGAAAUCCAUUUUGAAACGAGACCAGCUAAUGGCCGCAUCAAUGGCCUCAGUCGGAUUGUUGGUGGUUGCGGCAAUUCCUUGGAUGGCCUGGCAAUGUUUAUAGGAAUGAACCACUCGUUUGUAGUGUCAUCAGCGGCUGACUCGGGUUUGAAGCCCAAUUGCAUUUACUUCACCGAUUCCAACAAGCAUCAGGUUCCGUUAGAUUCCAUCUAUGGCGGCCAUGACAUAGGGAUUUUUGAUUAUGAGAACAAGACUUUGUCUCCAUGCUAUUAUCCAUGUGAUGUUCGAAGCUAUAGAGGAAUUGUGCCAACACCGGUGUGGCUCACUCCAAGUGCACAUUAA